AUGGACAAGUUCACGGAAGAAGAGCGCAGAUUUAUGGAGGAGAAACUAAGGCAAGAGUUCGCACGGAAGAUAAGAAUGGUCGAGAGUUCACCGGCUCGUCCCACGGAAAGCAUCGUCCGGCAGAAACUCAAAUUUUACGCGGCCAAAUGCUAUGAGUUUGAAAGUCUACACAAGCACGCCAAAGCACGAUUUGUUUCUCUUAUGAUGGACAGAUGGGAUAUGAUCAUUGUCAGAGGUGGAGCGUUGCACUAUCUUCUGAAGAUAAAGCAACUCUACAUGGAGCACAAAGAAGAACGCACGAAUCUCACAGUCAUGAGAGACCAGUUCGUGUUAGCGCACGAGUGGUACGAAGUCUUGGUGGCAAUGAACGAAGCGAACGAGCUUGAACGACUGGCCUACAUUAAUGAGCUAUCAGCCGAAGUCUUCUACGAGACGACGGAGCCGGGAGACGAAGGCUAUCCCGAACCCAGGCAGACUCGGCGCAAUUACACGAAGGAUCGAGUCUGCAGCAUUGUGCACAACCUGUUAGGUCUUUACGACCUUCUCUUGAAAGAAGAAAAGGCAGCGGUAGAAGAAGCAGAAUGCGAAUUCAAACGGAACACAGCCGCAGAAGACAAAACUCUUCGUGAGAUGAGAAACGCCUUUAUGGAUUUGCAGGACGACGUCAAAAAGCAGCAGCACGAAACACGGGAGUGGAUGCAAGCCAUGCAUCAGCACUUCGAAGGACUGGUCACCCGCGAAAUGAAAGACGGAUUUCGCUCACUUCGCGAAGAUGUCAAGAGACAACAGGAAAGCACAAUGCACCAGAUAGAAGACAUUACAGCACAGUUACAACACCUUUCUGGCCAAGUCAGCGAGGAGGCUGAAAGUCGGAAGCACGAGCUCAAAUCACAGAGUAAGAGCAUCAGAAGCUGGCUGGACAAGAUGGAGUCCUCCAUUAGCAGCACGAUGUCCACCAACGAAGAUCCGGACAGGAGACGGCACCAAGAUAAAGGACAACAUCAUGCCCAGCAAGGAGAAGAAGAAGACCGCACGUCACAUUCUGGUUGCACGAGAACAGGUUCCAAGAGACGGCAUGAAAGUCCCGUAUCGGAGUCUGACCGGCAACAAGCCAACCUUCAGAGACUCCUGGAUCAGAGCGAAAGGGAGUUAAGUGACGUAGAACACUUCUUAUCCAACUGCGGAGGAAUCGAAAGACGCUUCGGAGAUCGAGAAAUGAAGGACAACGAAUCACUCCUCAUGCGCUUAGAAAACAUCAAGAAUAGAGGAACUAUUUCUAGAAAAGAGUGCAAUUCUUGUGGAAAAAUGUCCGGUGGAAGCGGUGUUCCUCUGUCGGAUCGGCUAAACGUGGAAAAAAACAAGCUGGACGAGAGCAUCAUAGACUACCGUUUCCCAUCAACGAGUGAAUCCAGCAUAUUGCCGCAGUCUUUGAUGGUUACAACAAAUGCUGCUGGACGCACCGCAGUGCAUGAAAUGAACGGAGGCGAUUUGGAGCCGGAUCUAGCUUACUUUGCGUGCAUUGAAAAGGACUGCAAAUACAUAGGGCCAAACGCCGCAGCACUUCACAAGCACUGUAAAGGAUGCGACCCAAGGAUUGUUGAUCAUUUCAAUCUCUUUACUUGUUAA